AUGGUUUGCAAGAGUUUCGUGAACAACUUACCCUUGCUUACUUAUCAGAAUGUAAUUGAUAUUGAAGAUUUUGUUUAUCUUUAUCAAACAAACCAAUCGCGAGAAAUUUUUCCAUAUUGGAAAUUUGACAAGUUUGAUUUUGAAUGUUGGGAUGAUACUGAAUGUCAUAAAGAGUUGCGAUUCAGGAAAAGUGAUAUCCCGAAACUACUUAACUGUCUUGGCAUUCCUGAUAAAAUAAUUUGCUGUCAGAGAACAUCUUGUAGUGGCUUGGAAGGUCUUUGCAUCCUUCUGAAAAGACUGGCCUACCCAUGUCGCUACACUGACAUGGUUAGCAGGUUUGGCCGUAACCCAACCGAAAUUUGCCUAAUCUUCAACCAAAUGAUUAGCCUUGUGUUUAAUGCACAUUAUCAUUGGCUUGAAAGCUUCGAGCAACCUUUCUUAUCUCCUGAAAACCUUGGCAGGUAUGCUGAUAGCACACACGCUCAUGGUGCACUGCUUCAAAACUGUUUUGGUUUCAUUGAUGGAACAGUUCGGAGAAUUACCAGGCCAAACCAGAAUCAACGAACCAUGUACAAUGGUUACAAAAGGAUCAUGCGAUGA